AGGGGAAACAAAGGGAAGUGAAAAAGUUAUUCCAGACACAGUUUCAAACUCAGAUACAGGAAGAGAAAAAUACAAAAUGGUCACAUACGGAAAACUGUCCAUUUUCUACAGCCUGAUCUGCUUUUACCUCAUUUUAGGUUUCAACUAUAGCAAUGCAUCAUCAAAUACGAUUCCUGUUCAGACUGAAGGAUCUGUCACUAUCCCAUGUCAUUAUGACAGCAAAUACACACAGCAGAGAAAAUACUGGUACUCAGAAUGGAAUCGAUCUUAUAUAUACACAAACACCACAAAGGAGAAUCUGUCAGUAAUUGAUUAUCCUGAUCAGAGUCUCUUUACUGUGACUUUGAGAAACCUGCAGAAUAAACACAAUGGACUUUGUUAUUUCCUUGUGGAAACUGGUGGAUCAACUGCAUUGUCUUAUCUCCAGUUUUAUCUCCAAAUCAAAUCUGUUCCUGAUCUCUCUGUGGUGAGCAGCAGUGUAACUGGACAGGAAGGUGGUAAUAUCAGUGUCCAGUGUCUCUACAGUUCUGAAUAUAAGAAUAAACUCAAACAGUGGUGCAGAUAUAAAGACAAGAGAUGUUCCGUUGUGGGGAAGACUGACACAUCCCAAAAUCCAUCAGUCCAGAUCAGUGAUGAUGGGAGAGAAUUCUUCACUGUGGUGAUGACUGGCCUGACAGAGAGUGAUUCUGGCUGGUACAGUGGUCAUGUUGGAAAUCUACUGGUACCUGUUCAAAUUAUUGUGACAAAGAAAAAAACAGUAACUGUGACCACAGACAUCAGCCCUGAAAAAGACACAUAUAAUAAAUCUCUGUCUGUGUGGCUUUCAACUUCAGCAGCAGUUUUACUAAUACUGAUUCUGAUCUGUGCUUUUACUUGGAGAUGGAGAAAGAGACACAAUAAAGAAGAAUAUGAAAAACAAAUAAUAAUAGAGAGGAACAGCGCCAAGACCACUGACAGAGUCUCACGUACACCCAAAGAUCCAGUGAUAUUCAGCACUAUAAAUUAUGACAAUAUAAAGAUUUCAUCUUCACUGGAGCCCAGCGCAGACAUAACAUACAGCACUAUUGCAAUUGCUCCUGUAAAUCUGCUUAAAUCACACUGUCCAGCAGAAGGCAUAAUCUACAGCAUGUUGCCACAACAACAGUGACUUGCGGUAGAACACAGGAACAGCCUCAGUCUCAGGGAGGCACUCAGUGUUUUAAAUGAAGAUGACGACAGUCAUCACAAAAAGUCUUCCUCUUUUUUUUUUCUUUUUUGGCUCAUUUUACACCUUUCAAUGAACAGCUCAUCUGCCUAUCUUAAAAACAAGGCUAUUAACACCAUCUAUAAUCUAUAUUCUAUUCUAUUCUAUUAUGUCUACCACAAACAUUAUACCACAGAUACGAACACUGAAUGGACUCAUGCAGUUAACAUGUUUGCUUGAUUUUCAAUUGCUUAUUCUUAUUUCGGCAUAGUGUAUGAAUUUUAGACCUAACUGUUUUUUUUUUUUUUUUUUAAAGGAAACAUACUGUAUGAACAGAUAAAAGGGGAAACUGGGGAGUAUUGUAACACAUUUUGUUUCAAUAUGUGUAACUCAGUAUUUUUAUGCAAUAUGUAUUUAAACUUUGAUAUAAUAUUCCCAUAUUUGUCUGCUACUAAUUAAAGUAGUUUAGAAAUCUACUACACUGUGUAAAUUGUUGUGAAGUAUAAAGAGUGCUGUUGUUACAACCUACACUCCUGGAGUAUAAGUAAAAAAAAAAUAUUAUGUUUGUUUUACAUUUUGUGCAUGGAUUUACUGUGGCAAUUAGGCCUAUAUUUAACAUUGAAAACGUCGCUGAACGAUUUACUUAUUUAUAUAUUUGUAGCAAGUUGUUGCUCACAAUGACGUCACAGUGAUGUCAUUUUGCUGUUUACAAAAAGUCACUGAAGUACACCAAAAAUCAUGUAAAUGCCUUUAUGCAUUUCAUAAAGGCGUUCAUAAAAAUAUAAUUAUUUAAGACGGGUUUGAACUGUAGGUGUUUGGAACCAACAUACAAAACAACUGCUAGAAAAACACAUUUGUUUAUUUGGACAUUUUACUCAGAACUAUACUGCCCUUGUGACAGCUUCCCAUGUGACUACUAGCCUCAGCGUCCUCUCUCUGUAUAUGUUUUAUACAUAUACUGUGUGUGAAUAUAUGUCUUCAAACAACAGAUGAAGACUAUAUGUAUCUAUCCUUAAUUUUCUUUCUGUUAAGUCAUUUGUUUUUAACAGAAACAACCAAAUAAAUGCAUACACUUACUCACAGCUGUUAUGAACAGUUACAUGACCUGAAUAGAAAUAUUCAUUGUGCAGUUAGCUGAGACUGAUUGCUCUUCUCUGUAUGGUGUAACAUACUGGAAUCACAGACUCUUUCACAAACUGACACUCAGUCUCAUGCCAUCCAUUUGGAUUUUUCUUUGGCUCAUAAUAGGCAAGUACUCUCUUUGUCUUUUUUUUUUUUUAAUUCUUCGUAUACUACAUAUAUUUGUAAGUAUUUAAACAUACUGUAUUUGAAAGAAAUAUUAUUCGAACAUAGAUGCUACAGGCAUGCAGACAUUAUCAACUAUCAUCCUGUCAUCAGUAUUGCCAAAAAUAAAUACAAUGACUCUAUUUUGUGUUGCAGUAGUGUCUUGAUAGUUGAUCUUUUCUUUCCUAGGCACUGAGUGUAGAAAAGCUGAAGAUACUGGACAUUACUGGUGUGCUGUGGAAUUUGAAGGAUUACUUCAAAUGGAUGUGACAGAGCAGCUUCAUCUAAUUAUUUAGCAGUUUUACAUAAACGGGACAUUAAUGUGUUUAAUAAUACACAAGUCUCAAUAUGACAUUGUCACAUAUAAAAAAAAUAAUAAAUAAAUUAAAAUAAAAAAAACACUACUGAAAUUUUCUGAGGGGCUGAAUGUGUCCUAAUAUUCCACGUGACAUUCUUCAAAUUUACUUUCAUUCAAUUCAGUUUUCAUAUUUGUCUCUCAGUAGUGUGCUCUUGUAUUUUAUCUUUCAGAUGGCUAAUGGGGAAUAUCUGUCUGUCACAGAACUAGAGGAGUUCAUAGACUGUUCUCCACAUUCACCUAAUGGAUCAGAUAAGAAGCAAAAGUUUGGACAAUAAGCUGUAUAUUCUGUAUUAUUUGAGUGACACACUGUUAACACAUACAUCAGAUCCUAAUUCCUGUAACUUACUACAAGAUUGCAUCAUUUUAGAUUUUUUAAAAAAAAUCUUGUUCUGUUUAGGCUGUCAGUUAUUAUCUACGUCAGUUAUUAUUAUUAUAAUUUUUCAUUAUUGUUUGCUGCUUUCAGCAUUAUGAGUUUUGUGUUACGUGUGCACACAAGAGAAGUUUGAAAGUUAAACCUUGUUCUUAAAGAGUCUUAUUGUUACCUGAUCACCUGCACCUUAUCUCUUCCACAAAAUGAAUAUUCUGACAUCAUUUACUCACACUUGCCAAACUCAUGCUAAGGUAGUGUGAUUUUAUUUUCUUCUAAGAAACAAAAAUGUGUUUUACAGAAAGUCCAAGCUGCUUUUUUUUGCAUACAGUGAAAGCAUGCAGUGACCAAUGGCUAUAAAACACCAAAAAGGAAGGAAAACAAUAGAACAGUAGAAGUAGUCGAUAUGAUGGAUUAACAAAAAUAUGAUUUUAAUCGGAUUUCAAACCACCUACGAAUUUGGUUUCGAUCAGACAUGUAAAAAUCAGAUUUUCUUUGUUUUUGUUCUGUUUGGAAAUCUACAGGUUCCUGUUCAACUCACUGUGAACAAGCGAAAAUCAUGUAAAACCUCAAUAAUAAAGAUAUUGUUUCAACAUAUCAGCGAAACGAAACACAACUAACAUUGCUUUGCUUUUUUCUACUUUUGACAGUGACUGUGACCACAGACAUCAGCACUGAAAAAGACAUGUUACUAUAGAAACGUUUCUAAUUAAAUUGGCUUUGUGUAAAAAUAUUUCUUCACAGUCAACAUCACUGUCAAACAUCAACGGCGCUUUGGUACCACAAAUGGUUUGAACCUCUCAGCCUUUUCUGCCUUUGUAAAAGUGAAACAGGAAUUCCUGAGAAUAGUAACAGAUGAUUUUGAAAAUUGUAAAUGUUAAAAGCCAUUAAACCAAUGAUCUGUUGUCGAUUCGAACCAGCAAUACAUUUCAUCCCUCAGUUUAAAAUUACAAAAAUUGUUUACAGUAAUGCAUUUACAAGGUAUUCUGGAGAGUUUAAAAGCAACAAUGUGCAGCGUUUAUAUUUUGUUCAAAUAUUUCUAUUAAUUCUUACGUAAACAAAAUGUGUGUUAUUUGAUCUGUAAAGUUGUCUAAUUCUUCUUUUAGUGGUGGGUGUACUUGUCUAGGUGGAUGAACUUCUGGUUUUGCUGUACAGAAGGUAUUCCUGUGGGUGAAU